UUUUAGUACAUUUAAAAGUCAUAAGUUUUCGUUCUUUAUGGACGUUACAACUAGUUGUUUUAAACUCAGAAAUUGAUGUUAUAUUGAAAAUAUUUCUCUCAAAACUACAAACGAUUUAAAAUAUACUUUUUUUCAAUUUUAAUAUUUAUUGAACUUAGUAGAAAGAGACCGAACUAUUAGUUGGUAAAAGAAGAAAGAUAGGUUAUAUCUGUUGUUAUAGUAACAUCAAUAAAAACAAAGAUAUUGUAUUAAAUAAAAAAUGCACUGGGACGAAGAUAUAGAUCUUCUAGUAGUAAAAAAGCCUGCACCCAAGCAAGGCAGACGUUCUAAUAAAAAUUUAGAAGAUACUGAAAUUAUACAGGAUUCUCCUAAAGAAGACGUGCGUUCUAAAACAAGAAAAACGGGAGUGUGGAGUGAUGAACCUUUAAAAACAACUAGAUCAGAUACAGGGAGAAAUAUAAUUGAACUGGAAAGGUUUCAAAACGAUAAAAAAACGGAUGUUAAUGAUGAUAUUCCAAUAAUUCCAGAUAUAGACGAUGCUUCUGAGGAUCUAGCAUCAACAAUUUCCGUCGAUAAAUCUGUGAAAGAAAUUAACAGUCAAGUAAGUAGCUUGAAGGUUGAUGAAAGUAAAGUAUGGAUGUUGGGAGACAUCGAUUUAUCUUGUUUAACAAGUAAAUUGUACCCAGAAAAAGAUGUACAAGAAUUUGCUGAAGAAUGGACAUUAGAUUCGUUGUUUAACGAUCUCUUAAUAAAUACAGAAAUAAAUUAACUUCCUAAGUAAAAUAUACCCAAAUUAUAAUUAUUUUAAAAUUUAAAUAGAUAAUUUUAGUAUUUUUACAUAAUUAUUCAAUAAAAUGUUAGAGAAA